UGACCAUCCUGCAGGCGUGUCAGACGGCAUGGGGCAAGACGUUCACGGGAUGGACGGCAGGAGCGAACUGUGCGACGGCGGAGAAGAUCACGUGCGACGCCGCAGGAUACGUGACCUCCAUGAACAUGACAGGAUCGGGGCUCAAAGGCAGCCUCCCGGACAGCCUAUUCAUGCUCGACAAGUUGACCAUGCUUGACUUCACGUACAAUUUUCUGACGGGCGGGAUUCCCAUCACCGUCGGAAUCGCCAACAAGCUUCAGUGGAUGAGUCUGGCACGCAACAACUUCAACGGCAUGGUCCCGCUACUCAACACCCUUGCACAACUCUCCUACCUGGAUCUCAGCACCAACGGGUUCAUAGGCGAGCUCACCAGCCUGCCCACUUCGCUCGCCUACUUGAACGUGCAGUACAACCAGUUCACAGGGCCCGUCCCUGCGGGCCUCGCCACACUCAAAAAGCUCACCUACCUCAACAUGAAGUCCAACCAGUUCUCCGGUGUGCUCCCGCCGGCCCUGGGCAAUCUCGCCACUCUGCAGACCCUCAACUUGGGUACCAACACUCUCACAGGCGCCCUUCCCGCAAGCGUCUCUGGCCUCGCCAAGCUCUCCAUGCUUGACCUGGGUUACAACAAACUCAGCGGCCCUCUUCCCGCCACUCUUGGCGCCCUGCCUGCCCUCGAGUCCCUCACGCUCAACAACAACGCCUUCUCAGGCCCCAUUCCUCCCACGCUCUUCUCCCUCACCAAAGCUACCAGCCUGCUCAUCAAGGCCAAUAAGCUUACAGGCAGCAUCCCUUCCACUGUUGGCGCCCUCGCUUCACUUGUCUACUUGGAUCUGAGUGAGAACUCGCUCACGGGCACCGUGCCAGCGAUCAUGGGCAAGCUAGCCAAGCUCCAGCAGUUCACUGUGAACUCCACGGGGCCAUCCAAGGUGCUGUGUGCGGCAGCGGGAGUGUGUGCGGUCAACCAGGUUGCCACCUCUGCCUUCUGCCAGACGUGCGCCACCUUCUGCCAAGUCUGCACGCCCCCUGGAACGAACACUAAGUCCGCCGCGGCUCCUGCUCCUGCUACUGCGCCUCCCCCCGCUACUGCGCCUCCCCCUGCCACUGCGCCCCCUCCUGCCACUGCCCCCCCCCCCUGCCACGUCGCCUUCCCCUGCCAUGCCCCUGCCGUCUCCCCUGCCAUGCCCCCUGUCGUCUCCCCUGCCAUGCCCCCUGUUGUAUCCCCUGCCAUGCCCCCCCCUGUUGUAUCUCCUGCCAUGCCCCCUGUCUUAUCUCCUGCACCAUCUCCUGCAGCUCCAGUCAUUCCUCCUGCUGCUUCUCCUGCCCCCGCUCCUGCCCCCGUUUCUGCCGCACCUACGCCUGCACCCGCCUCACCGCCUGUAAUCGCUCCUGUUCCUGCUCCAACCGUCGCUCCCCCAGUCGCAUCUCCCCCCGCGCCUGCUCCUCCCCCCAACACAGCUUCUCCUCCACCUGCUCCUGUCACAGCUUCCCCUCCCCCCCUCAGUGCCUCUCCUCCUCCCAAGGUUGACCCUCCUUCUGCACCUGGCGCACCUGCCGCCACGGUGCCUUCUCCUCCUCCGCCUCCCAACGCUGGAGCUAUUUAUGGUGUUGGCGUUGGCACGCUGCUGGCCUCCCUGGUGUCAGCAAUGGCGCUGAACAUGCUGCUUUGCCCCGUGUUCCUGCAAGGGGUGAAUUUGAAUCUCCCUCUGCUGCCUGCUUCCCUCCAUCCAUCCAGCUUUUCGGCGGUGCUGCUGCAGUGCAUGAAGGAGUGGAAGGCGGACUUCUUCGGGUGGUCGUACAGCUCGCAGUGUUUCCAGGCGGAGCUCGUCACGUGUGACGAAGACGGCAUGGUUACCAGCAUGAGCCUGGUGGACAUGAGGCUGGCCGGCAGUAUCCCCUCCUCUAUUGGCCUGCUCACUCGCAUGACGUACUUUUUUGGCUUGCUGGCUUACCUGCUGCCUCCCUUGCUGGCUGCCUUGCUGACUUGCUUCCUGGCUGGCUCUGUGCGUGGCAGCAACCUGGCGAAGAACGAGCUGAACGGGUCCAUUCCUGAGUUCAUCGGCUCCCUCACCCGCACCACCUUCCUCCAACGCUAUCCCAACUCAUCCUCCCCUUCUCUCUCCCCCCAUCCUGCCCUCUCCCUGGCUCUCGUCUCUCCCCACCACCUCACACCAUCUCGGAGCAGCAACCUGGCGGGCAACAAAUUCUCCGAGUCUGUGCCGUCCAGUAUGGGCAACCUUCUCUCCCUGCACUACCUUCAUGGCAUCGCGUGCUUCAUCCUCUCCGGCCGCGCCCUAACAAGCAGCGUCACCACAAGCAACCAUCCGCGCCUUUCUCUCCAUCCAGUCGCUUACGUGCCAUCACCCCCUGCUUCUCCUCUCCUCCACCCUAUUGCAGGGAUAUCAGUAACAACUCUCUUACAGGCAGAACUCCUCUUCCGCCUUCUGCUCCAUCUGCACUCGCUUCUGCAAGACCUGCGCAGGCAAGCACCCCCUUCUCUCUCCGCCCCCUUCCUUCCCCCUUCCUCCCCCUCCCCCCUCUCCCCUCCCCCUCCUUUCUCUUGCUAUCUCUUUCAAACAGGCCAGAUGUUCGCUGCCUCAGCCCCCGAGUCUCAGCCCGCUCCGCAACCUCCUCUGCCUUCCCCUCCCUCCCUCCCUUCCAUUGCACCUGCCUCCGCCUCUCUCCCAUCCCCCGCACCCGCAUCACAGCCUGCUCCUGCAUAUUUCGCCCCACCCUCCCUUUCCUCCAUUCCCCUUGCACCACCCUCCUCCCCUCCUGUACCUGCACCUGCCUCGAAUGUCACCAACGCCACGAGUACUCAAGAAAACACAAGUGGUGUCAGCAGCAGCACUGCGAAGGGAGUGUAUGGAUCUCCAGUGGCAAUGGCGGUGGUUGCAGCUGUGGUGACAGCAUUGGCGGUGGCAUGUCUGCUCGUGGGUGUGCGCUGGGCGAUGAAUAGAAGAGAUGGCAGUAGAGCAGGGAAUAAGGAUGCGUGGAACCCUGCAUAA